UCGCCGCGGCUCCUCCUCCAGACCUCCCCGCCAGCCGGCGGCGGCGCGGAGCAGGUGCUGACGAAGCCCGCGCAUGCCGCUGCCCGGCCCGAGGCGGUAGCGGCGCCGGGCGCUCCGCCCGCCUCUCCUCUGGGCCGCAUUCGGUCUACGGCGCGCGAGGGGACAUGUCGGUGGCGACGGGCAGCAGUGAGGCGGCCGGCGGGGCCGGCGGCGGCGGCGGCGGCGCGCGGGUUUUCUUCCAGAGCCCCCUGGGCAGCGCCGGCGGCAGCCCGGGCUCGAGCAGCGGUUCGGGCUCCUCCCGGGAGGACUCGGCGCCCGUGGCCACGGCGUCCGCUGCCGGGCACGUUCAGCAGCAGCAGCGGCGCCACCAGCAGGGAAAAGUGACAGUGAAAUACGAUCGCAAGGAGCUUCGGAGGCGGCUCGUGGUGGAGGAGUGGAUCGUGGAGCAGCUGGUACAGCUUUACGGCUGCGAGGAAGAAGAAAUGCCAGAAGUGGAAAUUGACAUUGAAGAUCUUCUUGAUGCAGACAGUGAAGAAGAGAGAGCUUUAAAAUUACGGGAAGCUCUCGUAGACUGCUACAAACCAACAGAGGAAUUUAUCAAGGAGCUGCUCUCCCGGGUAAGAGGCAUGAGGAAACUGAGCCCCCCGCAGAAGAAGACUGUAUAAUUCCGGACCAGGUGGAACUCUCCUGGAGACCCAUGAAGGGAUUUCGACUUCACGAAGACUUUUAUUAAAGAAUAGUUGUCCUUAUGAGCAACUUUUUUGGGGGUAGGGAGGGGUGGUAUCUAUUAGACAUUUAUUCAAGAACAUUACUUUUUUUUGGUUGUUUUUAAAGGUUUUGUUGGUGUGAUAUUUUAAUAGCAAAGACAUCACCACUCUGGUUUCAGCCCAACCAGGGAUUAACAAACCAGGCAGACACGCAGGGCUGGGCUGGGCCAGGCAUCUUCUUGGAGAAACCAGAUGUUUAGGGCCUAACUAUACAGGGAUGAUGGUUUUCUUAGACUUUUUUCUUAAGUUGUACAUUUGACUCAGAGGUCGAAUUUCUCGUGCUUGUAUAUAUCUUCAGGCAACUAAGUUAACAUGUUGAUGUGAGUUUUAUUUCACAUUGAUGGAAUAAACUUGUGGUUGUCCUUUCAUUGGAGGUCACGGCACGUAUGUUUUCAAGAGGCCACUAGGUAUUCUUCGUGUGAGUGCUGGAGACCUACAACAUUCACUUUAUGCACCAAAGUGAAAGAAUUCAGUGUAUCCGUUAUUUUAAUGAGCUACACUACAACAAUGUGGAGUUGGUCAAGGGCUUAAUUUAUGGACUUUGUAUUAUUUUGUUAAUCGGAUGCUUUGCCAGGUUAUGUACUUAUUGCCUCAUUUGUGGUAUUAUUCAAGUUUCCUGAACCCUUUCUUUGAAUGUUUAUUCAGAUUUCUAGAGAAAUGCCCAUGCUACCUGAGUGGUGUUUUGCAGUGGAACAAGGAAGCGCCGUGUAGCAAUUCAUUCUCUGCUUUCAACCAAAUACUAUGUAUUAUUCUCUCACCAUGAAAGCAGGUCAUAAGGAAGUGAGCAGAUUAAGUUUCUUCCUCCUUAGAAGUAGAUCUGGUCACUUCGGUGCCCGGGCAGCAUCAGACCAUGGUGUAAAAGGGAGAAAGCCUCACCUCCUCUCAAGAAAGUGGAUACAGGAGCAUUUGCUGGUUUGGAAGCGUGGUGGAGAUUUCAUUUCUGGCUUCUCUCAGUGGCAUAUGGUGAGGACUCUGGCCCUAACCCUGAUCCCUUUGCUUGGAGCGGAGCCUGGGAUGCCUGCCCUGCCCCUCUCAGUUCUAUACCAGCUCCUUGGAGAAGAAUCAAAAUGCGGAUGGAUGUGGGCGGGGUCAAAGGUCAGAGGAGAAACUCUUGCUUUCCUCCAGGAGGUCCCCACUGCCUCCCCACAGAAACCACCCAUACUGUAAGGUGUCUCUAGGUGGCCCUGUCAGAGGACAGGGGUCAGGCAUUUUAUAUCAAGGGUGCUCAGAACAUAUUUUAUUUUUUAAAAGAACUAUGUUUGUGAAUUUUACGUACACUGGCAAGCUUUUGAAAAUGUAUUUAAUUUUGUAAUGUUUACCAAUGAUUUAUUUACAAGCUAUUUACGCAAAUAAAUGAAGCUGCUUACAAUUC